AUGGCGGUCAAUCUCAAAGCCUGCAACGCAUUCAGGCUGUCUGAUGGCAAGGCGGCCGAGGCGGCGCUGCGGUCGCUGCAGGACGCGGGGGCGGGGCGGGCGCUGUCGGAGCAGCCGCUGCUGCGCCACAACGUAUGCGUGUUCAGGAGCGGGGAGGGCGCGCUGCAGUCGCCUGCCGAGCGCGUCGCGUCCGCGCUCCACGCGCGCACCAAGCGGCCCGCGCUCUGCCUCACCCCUGCCAAGAUGUAUCACGCCGCCGCCUUGGCACCGCGCGCCGCCGUGCUGCCGAGCCUCAGUGGCGUUCUGCCAGAGGCGCGGCUCAAUCAGGUCAUAUUCCACCUGCGGCGGGGGGACGUGGGCGAGGCGUACGCGCUCGUGAGGGACGCGGCGCCCGCGACGCCGCAGGAGUGCGGCGUGGGGACUGCGCGUGGCGAGGCAGGGCUUGAUCUGGCGGUGGUGUAUGCGGUGCUGGGUCAGCGCGAGGGCAGCGCAGACCUCCUAAAACAGGCGCAGCAGGACUUCCAGGCCGUGGGCGCGAGCCCUGCGGAGUGCGACACGAUCCCCGGGCGCCAGGCCAUGGCCUCCUGCUUCUUCCUGCUGCGCCAGUUUGACGACGUCCUGGUGUUCCUGGAGUCCGUGCGGUCCUACUUCCCCGACGAUGACGACUUCAACUGGAAUUACGGCAUAGCCCUGGCCGCAGCCGGGCGCCACGCGGAGGCCGAGGCCGCGCUGGCAGCAGUGACGAGCGAGGCCUACAGGCGCGAGGACGCUUACGUGUCGUGGCUUGCCAAAGCCCUGAUCGCCACCGGCCGCGCCCCCGCGGCCUGGGAGCUGUACGCGGCCCACGAGGCGUCGGGGGCGGCGGAAGACCGGGGGGCGCUGCUGCGGCUGAUCGCGAACGACGCGUAUAAGAUGGGCCAGUUUGCGGUAGCGCUGCGGGCAUUCGACGCCCUGGAGCGUCUUGACCCCGACCCGCAGCACUGGGAGGCGAAGAUGGGUUCGGCCGCGGGGGUGCUGCAGGCGGUCAUUGCGGGCAAAGAGCAUCCCGAGGCGCUGUCAGACGCGGCGGCGGUGCUGGCCGCGGGCCCGGCCAGCGGCGCGCCGGCGGGGCCCGCGGCCGGCGUGAUGCUGCGGGUCAUUAGGGGCUGGGCGGCCGACAAUGGGAUCGAGCUGGAUGUCUGA